AUGACGGACGCGAAGCGAGCGAAGACGACGGAUGGACGCCCGUCGGCGACGGAGGGCGUCGACGCGGUGGUCGUCCUCGAUUACGGGUCGCAGUACACGCAACUGAUCGCGCGACGGGUGCGCGAACUCGGGGCGUACUCGGUGCUCCUGCCGGGCGACGCGGACAUGGCGCGGAUCGAGGCGUUGAAGCCGAAGGCGAUCGUGCUCUCGGGGGGGCCGAACAGCGUGCACGUGGAGGGGGCGCCCACGGUGCCGGAUGGGUUUUUUGAACGCGUCGCGGAGACGUCGACGCCCGUGCUCGGGGUGUGCUACGGGAUGCAGCUCUUGGUGCAGCGAUUGGGCGGCGUCGUCGAGGCGGCGGUCGGGAAGGGAGAGUACGGGCGCAUGCCCGUGGUGUAUCAGAGCGAUGACUCGUUGCUGUACGGGAAGGGGUCGAAGGCGGGCGAUUCGGAGCAGGUGUGGAUGUCGCACGGCGACGAGGCGACGAAACUCCCGAGCGGGUUCGUUUGCGUCGGGAAGUCCGAGGCGGGAGCGGUCGUGGCGAUCGAGGACGCUGAUCGUAAGUUGUUCGGGUUGCAGUACCACCCCGAGGUGACGCACAGCGAGAAGGGGACGGAGAUGCUCCGGAGGUUCUUGUUCGACAUCGCCGGCGUCAAGGCGGAGUGGUCGAUGCAAAACGUCCUGGACGAACAGAUCGCCAUCGUGAAUGAAAAGGUUGGGAAGGAUGCGCACGUUAUCUGCGCGCUCUCCGGCGGCGUCGAUUCCGCGGUCGCGGCGACGCUCGUGCACAAGGCGAUCGGCGACCGCCUCCACUGCGUCUUCGUCGACAACGGCUUGCUGCGAUACAAAGAGCAAGAACGCGUGAUGGAGAUGUUCAAGGACCACUUGCACUUACCCGUGGACUGUGUCGAUCACAGCGAGCAGAUGCUCAAGGCGCUCGCCGGGGUGAGCGAUCCGGAGAAGAAGCGAAAGAUCAUCGGCGCCGAGUUCAUCGAGUGCUUCAAGAACUUCAAGAGCGAGAUCGAAAAGCGCACCGGAGUGCGACCGACGUUUUUGGUGCAAGGAACGCUUUAUCCGGACGUCAUUGAAUCGUGCCCGCCCCCGGGAAGUGAUCAAAAGCACUCGCACACGAUUAAGUCGCACCACAACGUCGGCGGUUUGCCCAAGGAGCUCGGUUUCGAGCUCGUCGAGCCGCUUCGCAUGUUGUUCAAGGACGAGGUUCGAAAGCUCGGGGCGCUCAUGGACGUCCCGCGCACGUUCUUGGCGCGCCAUCCGUUCCCAGGUCCGGGUCUCGGCGUUCGCAUCGUCGGAGACGUCACCGCGAAUAACGCGUUGGACAUUUUGCGCCGAGCCGACGAGAUUUAUAUCAACACAAUCCGAGAGUUUGGUUUAUACGACGAGAUCUGGCAAGCGUUCGCCUACUUCUUGCCCGUUCGCACGGUCGGGGUGCAGGGCGACCAGCGCUCGCAUUCGUUCAUGAUUGGCCUGCGCGCCGUGUGCUCGAGCGACGGCAUGACGGCGGACUGGUACCCGUUCCCGACCGAAUUUUUGAAGACUGUGAGCUCGCGGAUCACCAACCAAGUCAAGGAGGUCAACCGCGUUCUCUACGACAUUAACAGUAAGCCGCCCGCCACGAUUGAGGUGGAAUAA